ACACACACACACACACACACACACACACACACACACACGCUCGCCCGCGCGCACACACUGGGACACCGGCUAAGGCGCUGGUUCUUCUUCACAACUGCAUCCCCAAAGCCGUAGAGCGAAACUACUGCGGUGUCUGUCGCCCUCCGCGGCGCGGGGCGAAGCAGAGCCUUUGUGCAUCUGGGAGAGCCCGGUGCCCGCGCUGCCGCCUCUGGUCCCCAACCCAGCAGACCGCUCACCCCGUCGGCUGGAAUGCUUGCCAGUUCCUCUGCAAACUUCUAAGGCUGAGAUCCCGAGGAACCCAGCUGCAGAAUGCCUUCAGAACACUGCCUCAGUAUUCAAGAAAUGCUGACAGGCCAGAGGCUGUGCCACUCGGAGUCCCACAAUGAUAGUGUCCUGGCAGCACUGAAUCAGCAGAGAAGUGAUGGUAUCCUCUGUGAUGUCACCCUGAUUGCCGAGGAACAGAAAUUCCAUGCUCACAAGGCAGUCCUUGCAGCCUGCAGUGACUAUUUUCGGGCAAUGUUUAGUCUUUGUAUGGUGGAAAGUGGAGCUGAUGAAGUGAAUUUACAUGGUGUGACCAGUCUUGGUUUAAAACAGGCUCUGGAGUUUGCAUACACAGGACAGAUUUUGUUGGAGCCAGGUGUGAUCCAGGAUGUAUUGGCAGCUGGCAGUCACCUACAGCUUUUGGAACUUCUCAAUUUAUGUUCCCACUAUCUCAUCCAGGAAUUAAAUAGUUUUAAUUACUUGGAUCUGUACAGAAUUGCGGACCUUUUUAACCUCACUUUGUUGGAGAAAGCCGUGAUUGACUUCUUGGUGAAACAUCUCUCAGAACUGCUGAAGAGUCGCCCAGAAGAUGUCCUGACGCUUCCUUAUUGUCUGCUUCAGGAGGUCCUGAAGAGUGACCGCUUGACCUCGCUCAGUGAAGAGCAGAUCUGGCAGCUAGCUGUGAGGUGGUUGGAACACAACUGUCGUUACCAGUACAUGGAUGAACUCCUGCAGUAUAUCCGCUUUGGCCUGAUGGAUGUGGAUACUCUCCACACCGUUGCCCUGUCCCACCCCCUGGUUCAGGCAAGUGAGACGGCAACAGCCCUUGUCAACGAGGCCCUGGAAUAUCACCAGAGCAUCUAUGCACAGCCAGUGUGGCAGACUCGCAGGACCAAACCACGGUUCCAGUCAGACACCCUGUAUAUCAUUGGUGGGAAGAAGCGUGAGGUGUGUAAAGUGAAGGAACUUCGGUACUUCAAUCCCGUUGAUCAGGAGAACGCUCUUAUAGCAGCCAUUGCCAACUGGAGUGAGCUGACCCCCAUGCCCGUGGGAAGGAGCCACCACUGUGUGGCUGUCAUGGGUGAUUUCCUGUUUGUGGCAGGAGGGGAAGUUGAGCACGCCAGUGGCCGGACCUGUGCUGUGAGGACUGCCUGUCGCUAUGACCCCCGAAGCAAUUCCUGGGCAGAGAUAGCACCCAUGAAAAACUGUCGGGAGCAUUUUGUACUGGGUGCUAUGGAUGAAUACCUCUAUGCCGUUGGGGGCAGAAAUGAACUGCGCCAAGUUCUGCCUACAGUUGAGCGAUACUGCCCCAAGAAGAACAAAUGGACUUUCGUGCAGUCCUUUGACCGAUCCCUUUCAUGUCAUGCUGGAUAUGUGGCAGACGGUCUUCUUUGGAUUUCAGGUGGAGUGACUAACACAGCACAGUAUCAGAACAGACUAAUGGUAUAUGAACCUAACCAGAAUAAGUGGAUAAGCCGAAGCCCCAUGCUUCAGAGAAGGGUCUACCACUCCAUGGCUGCUGUGCAAAGGAAGCUUUAUGUUCUUGGAGGCAAUGACCUGGAUUACAAUAAUGAUAGAAUUCUGGUGCGCCAUAUAGAUUCUUACAAUAUAGACACGGACCAGUGGACACGUUGUAAUUUCAACCUAUUGACCGGUCAAAAUGAAUCUGGAGUUGCUGUCCACAAUGAGCGAAUAUAUUUAGUUGGUGGAUAUUCAAUUUGGACCAAUGAGCCUCUGGCUUGUAUACAGGUACUGGAUGUAAGUAGAGAAGGCAAAGAAGAAGUAUUCUAUGGGCCGACACUCCCCUUCGCUUCCAAUGGAAUAGCAGCAUGCUUUCUUCCAGCACCCUGUUUCACGUGUCCAAACCUUCAGACUCUUCAAGUGCCUCAUCACAGGAUUGGCACCAUCUAAGAAGCCAAUGCUCAAACCAUUAUGAAAACGAGGCAAAAAGGCCUAAUUUGGAAUACUGGGCAUGACUCAGUGCUCCAUACUUUCUUGUUUUGUCUUAUAUUCAGAUAAACAUUAGCAAAAAAUGAAGUUUUCAAAAAAACAUGAUUGAAAACUCCGGUUACUCUUCUCACUGUGUCAACAUGCAAUAUGUAUGACUUUUACUGUGGUAUAGCUUAGCGCCAACUAAAGAGUCAUAAUUGUUCCAUUGGUCGUCACAGAAUUCAUUGUAGGCUUUUCAAAAUUGGUGCUGUCUAUGACAAUAUAUCGUUAGUAAGGCAGUUAUUCACAAGUACUGUCAUCAAUAAUAUUUAAAGAAAAUCUUGAAAACUUAAUCCCUUAUACUUCUUAAACCUGGGUUUGUAAUUUAAAAAAAAAUUAACAUUCUGCAAUCCCACUCAACAGACUCAGCAUUAAGACAUCAUAAAUUUUUAAAUGCCACAUUUUAUUAAGGUAAUAAUAGGAUACUGGAACAGCAGUUAGAAUACCCAGAUUUUUGACCUCGAUUAUUCUAUAACCUUUGGUCAGGAGCUUAACUUUACAGUAUUUCAAUUUUCCAACAUUUGAAAGUGGUAAUUGUUGAUUCCCCUAUUAAUUCAAAAGAAUCUUGUGAGGAUCUGGCAAAUACACCCAAGUACUCUGCCUAAGGAAAAAAAAAGUUCCUCAUAAUAUAAUGUAUUUUGCCAUCUGUAGAACCUUGUAACUAAACAGGAUGAUUAUUUUUCAAGCUUAAAAAUUACUAGGUAGGCCUUGGUAAAUAUGCUAUGGAGUGCAGGGAAAGAGACAUCACUCAUUAGAAAAAAGGUGUAUCAAGGCCAAAGAUCCCUAAACUAAUUCUAGCCUCAAACAGUAGCCCUCAAAAAUCUCAUUUAAAGUCAUUUAGUGAAAAAUGACAUUUUAAAGCUCAAAAAAAUUAGUUGUACUAAUUAUGGCACCAUAAAGUGCUUUGACAUAAAUUUGAACCUAGACUCGGCAGUUCUAAUAAAAGUUUUUCCACUUUGUUAAAGGUUAUGUCAAUCUUGAGCACUUAUGGGAUUCUUUUCCACUGCCAAAUACAUAUUUUAUUACUACCACUUUUAAUAAUGCAUAAGAAUUCUUUUUUAGGCUAGGUUUUCGAAUUUUCUUUGCCUGUAACAGAAGUUAAAAACAAAACAGCUCAAUAAUUUUGAACAUAAAUUUAGCAGUAAUAGCUCAAUAAUAACAUCUAAAUAAAAAUUCAAUGCAAUUGUUUCCUUUUUCCUAAUCUUGUUAGGAUGGAAGUCACUUUAUUAAGGCUUUUUUUCCUGACUUUUUCCCCUGGUAUAAUCUAAUCAUCCAGUAAUCCUCCUUGUCUUGCAGGAAAUUGCCAUUUUAUUAUGUAACUACUUUUAAAUUCAGAAGUGAAUAAACUUUUUUAUUCUAAAUACAGAAUUCACUAACUUUAUAUACAUGGAUAUGCUAUAAAAUUCUUAAAACAUUACAUUUUAAAUAUAUACAUAGAUAUGUAUAUAAAUUAUGAUUGCUGAUUAACAGGCAGAGAGGUUAUUUUAAAUAUAUACACAGAUAUGUACAUAUAAAUUAUGAUUAUGCUGAUUAGUGGACAGAAGGGGAUGUUAAGGGUAAGGGAAAAAAUUAAUUUAUUGGGGGGAUGUUUGGGGCUAUACCUGGUGCUUGGGGGUUAUUCCUGAGAUGCUCAAGGGACUAUGUAGGGCCUGGUAUCAAACUAGGUCAACUGCAUGUGAAGCAAUUUACAUGUUUUAACCCCUAUACUAUUUCUCUAGCCCCUUUUAUUAUUUUUUGAGAAAAAUUAAGACAAAAUGUAUUAAUAAAAUGUUUACCUCCUGCAUUCAUGGAAAAUGUUCAAUUAAAAUAUAGAAUUACAAAAUCAUGUGGAAAAAAGGUAAAUUUAAAAAAAAGAACUGAUACUUAGACAAAAACAAACAAACAAAACCUUAAAGAAUAUUUGUGCAGUUCUGAAAAGUGAAAACUAGUACUGAUAACAUGUUUUAAAUACCUUACCACUUUUGAAAAAUCAAUUCUAACACUGCAGAAAUCUUUUCAAGAAGGACCCAAAAGAGUCAAAUCUACUAAAUUUAGGCUUACUAUAUAUUCUAUUUGGCAUGAAUUUGCCUUCAAUUUAACUUUUAAAACUAUCUAAAUUCACUGAAAGUGCCAGAUCCCUAUAUCCAAUGCAUGAAAAAAAAUAAGCCUGUCUGACUCAACAGAAAGGUAGUCUAUGAUUAUUCGGUAUUAUUUCUGUGUGGAUUUCUAACUGUUCAUUUAGAUGAUCAAAUCCAUCUUAAGUGAAGCUGGAUGUGCUACUUGAUAAUUCUACAGAACUGAUUUGAACUCAGAGUAUUUUAAAGUAUUGCAUAAUUAGAGUAAGUAUCCUUUUUGGUGAUAAUUAAAGAACAAUAUCCAGAGCACAAUAUCUCUCUUCUUAAAAAAAAAUCCACAUAUAACUUAUAAGUGUAUCCUUUCUCUUGAUUUGUCAAUCGAAAAAAUGAAUUGAAAUUUCACAAGAAUAUUUCAUCAUAUAAAUUAAAUUGUAUUGAAAUAAUGCUGAUAUACAUUUUCUACUUAGGUGAAUUAUUCCACUACCAUUCUAUAUUAAUUCAUCUUCUAUUUCUUCAAAAUUAAAGUUCAUAAUGUAUCUUCACUUAAUUUGGAAAUAGGGAGAUCAUCUAACUUCCAACAUCAUUUACAUUUUUACUUUAAAAAAACAAUACCAAACAGAUGUCAGCAGAAUAAUUUUAUCAUGGGAAGAAAAGACAGCAAAAACAUUCAUCUCUAAAAUGAUUUGUAAGGUGAAAUGCAAUGUAUUUCUUUAGACCUUAGUAACAAAUGAUUAUGGUUAUGCUUUAGGUCAGAUUAUGAUAAGAAUAUUUUAAUUAUUUUUUUUAUAUUUUCUUCACACUUUAACUCACAUAUAUUGUACACUCCUUCAGCUACUGAAAUAGGUAAAAAUUUAACUAUUGUUUUACCGCAGAGUAUAAAACCCAUAGGAAUAAGAAAUUAGUACUCCAGGUAACAUAAUUCAGUUCUAUUUUGGAUUUUAAAGUCUACUUAUUGUAAAAAAGUUAAAUAUCACGGGUGUAGUAUAAGUUAAAUAUAUCAUUUUUAGUACAUAUAUUUUUUGAAUACACAAAACAGAAAUGUGUAUAGGAAUGCCCAGAGCUUUUGAAUAGCACAAUUUACCUAAUGCAAUAAAGUGAGUAACUAUCAGCACACUAAAAACUUUAUUAAGCAAAAACUGGUCAUUAAAAUAAUUUGGUCCAGUUAAUUUUAAAAAUCUCACCAAUGAAUCAAGUCUACAACAAUGAAAAUACAUUAUCUUAUACCUAAUUAAAUAUGAAAUCAACUAUAGACCUAGUUUCCUUAGCCAACAAAGGCUUUCAUAUUGGCAUUCUUUUUUCACUUGAUUGACAAGGCAAUAUUCUUAACUCCAUGAAUAAGCAAAUUCGUUUUUGGAAAAUAUAAGACUUAUAUUAAAAAAAACCUACCACCAAAAGAGCAGUGGUUCAACAUGAAUAACACAUAUUUUGUUAACAUUUCUGAGAUAUUUACCCUUUAUUGCUGAGAUAUAUGUACUAUGUUAGCAUGCAAGAUUUAGGGAAGGAGUGCUUUAAAUAAAGGUUUAUCUUAAUGGCAGAGGCUUGUCAAUUUUUGAGGUACCAUAUAGUCUUAGCAGAGAUGAAUUAAAAAUAAAAGCUGUCAGAUUUGUGAAAGUACAUGAAAACUUAUAAUUCUGUAAGAAUUAAGUAGCUCUCAGAAUGUGUGAUGAAACCCUAAAAAAUAGUCAAACAACCUACAAAUAAUAUUUUUACAUAUACACUCAAGAUGAAAAAGCCAAAUAUACUUAAAUUAUACAAAAGGUAGGUAAUGGUAUAAAAGUUUUAAACUAUGAAAUGUCUAAUGGAAAUGAACUCAAUACUGAAUGAUUUUGGUAUGGAGGCAAUACUUCAUCCAUAGAAACUUAAUUAAAUGUUAAGCUGAAAUUUAAGUCCAAACCAAAUCUGCUGUCUAAUAAAGUCCUUUACUACUGUGA